AUGUACGGAGAGAGCGAAGCAGCGUCGAACCUCUCACGACCGCCUCCCGAAGCAGCAUGGUUCCUAAUUGCGGCAGUGUGCAGGGAUGGAUGGAUGGAGGUGGGUGUAUCGAUUCUCAACUCCAGUGUACUUAGUUGUGUGUCCUCGUGGAUAUCCCGGCGCUUGAGAACUUCCCCAGAUAAGCAGUCCCAAGUGUGUAGAGGCUCCCACUGCCACCGAGGGGCCAGAGGAAGUGCGUUGUACUCACGGAUAGGAGUAGACUGCGAGAAGCCAGUCCAGGAGCACUGCCCAAGAUGGCUGUCCUCCCCACCAGGUGACCACGUGCCGCCCCGAGGAGGAAGGACGGAAGGCAGGAAGGACAUAUUAGUGACACUCCCUCGCGUCACGCCGCCCCCUACAAGCCUUCCCCCUGAGCUGUGUGGUCCAGUCAUGGUCCAUCUCUUCAGGGCCAAGCCUCCUCGUGCUGCAGCGCUGCGGCAAUCAAGUGCCACGACGGGAUAUGGAUAAAGGAUCAUUACCUCCCAGGGCGCUGGCCACCACACCUCGCUUAUAGUACCAAAGAACGUACCUUUACCUAUGAUACCUUUGAAGAACACCUGAUAGUGGCAGAGAUGAGGUGGGCUUCAUGUUAGAUAAGAGGAGUCAAGAUAUUAGGAGAGUGACUCACUCCACCAAUAGUUACUACUUUAUUAUUAUAAGCCUGCUCUCAUGUUAGUAUUGUGUAGGUUAAGCAAUGGUGUUAUAAUGUUGCUGCUGUGGACACCGGACACCCCUGUUCCUCCAAGCUGGCCAUGGCCAUUAAUCUGUCACAGUAGGCUCCAGCUUUUUUGCCAUGGCCAUUAAUCUGUCACAGUAGGCUCCAGCUUUUUUGCCAUGGCCAUUAAUCUGUCACAGUAGGCUCCAGCUUUUUUGCUGUGUAGAGAAGGAAGUUCAGCAGUAGGAUAGAGGGAGGGUGUGCUGCUCUGUACCUGCCUUCAGGAUCAUGCAUCCAUGUGUCAUAGUGUAGAAAGUAGGGCACAGCAGGAAGUAGAAGUGAUACCGCAUAUAGUGGAGCAACACUUAAUCAAUGUUGUUUUUCCUCUGGAUCUUAGAGGGAACAGCAAUGACUUGACUUACAACCUGAUUGCAGAGCCAGUUUGAAAGAAGAGAUACCGGAGCUAAAGCCUCAGUAGCUGCCCUUAAAAUCCAACUUUGCAUACAGAAUGUGUCUAGUCCUUGUUGCAUCCUCCACAAUCCAGGCAAAUACAAGAUGGCUCACUUCACAAAAGGGGGGACAGUGCUGAUGCCAUCUGGAGGUUGCCUAACCUGUUGUCCAAUAGGAAAUAUACAAGAUGAUGUUUUUGCAAAUGUUUUACAGCUAGACUUUUUAGACAAUAAAAAAAAAUCAUGAGAAAGCUCAUUGUUUUCUGCAUGUUUAUGGCAAUUCCAUUCACUGAAACAGGACACAUUUAUACUGAAGUUGGUUUUGCAAUAUUACUUUUCCCUACAGAAUAUUAAAUAUCUUAAAAUUUUUCUGAGGCUGAAACUUUGGUUUGGAUACAGAAAUAAGCAGAAAAAUAUGAGCUUUCCUGUGGUGCCUUGUGAUUGUCUCCUAUCAUAUUUAAUAGGCAAAUUUGAAAUGUUAUCUGCCCCCUUUACAUUUUCUCUGAGACAACAGGCAGGCUGGCGACAGGGGAUGCCAUUACUAACCCUUCUACCUGAAUUAAGCAGUCCUUGUAUUUUCUUGUUUGUGACCUCUGCACAUACACUAAUCAAUAACGCAUCAGUGAUUCUUCUCAGUCAGGUUAUACAUACUCAACCAGUCAUAUUUAUGCAGGAUGUUAGUCAACUCUUAUUGUAUUUUCAAGACAUACUUUCUUAGUUUUCUUCCUUUCAUACAGUAUUUUAGGGAAAAUUAAAAAAAGGUUCAAAUUCUUUCUUUAUUGUUGUGUUAUACACUACAACUUAGACCAAAGCUACUCAACUAUUAUAAUGAAAGAUCCAGUUAGACUAGUUCAAAUGUAUGCAGAAUUGUAGAGAGACCCCAGACUCCAAAUAUGAUUAAAUAACAUGGAGGUCCUGGUGAUGGAUUCUUGCAAGUGUAUUUCCUCGACUGACUGUUGGUCCUACAGUCAGUCAAGGAAAUACACCUGAAAGAAUCCACUGCCAGGACCUUCAUGUUAUUUAAUUAUAUUUUUCUCCUUCUGGAGUCUGGGGUCCAUCCAUAACACUCAGAAGGUCCAGAUUCAGACUGUGGGAUGCCACAAUAAAAAAUGUCACUUCUCUUUACAGCUGAGGUCAUACAUACCUUUUAGUGGGGGUCUGUGGCGUGUGACUGUGGAGAGAGAGAUUUAGGGCCGCUUUCACAGUAAUUUUGUUUGUUUUGAUCGUUACCAAUGGCGGCGAUCGCCACUAUAGUAUUUACAUGUAAAACUGGCCGAUGGGGUAGUGGCGGCUGCGGGGUUAGCCUAGCCCCGCACCUCACCACAUACUCUCAACACCUCUCGCUUCCUCUGCAGCCGCCACUACCCCAUAGGCCAGUUUCACGUGGAGAACUAUAGCGUUGAUCACUGCCAUUGGUAACGAUCAAAACAAACAAAG